AUGAGCUUAAUAUUUGAGUCAUCUCAAGAGACAUCCUUCUUUAGAGACACGACUACUAGAUAAAGGCUUGGCUAAGUUCUUAAUUAGAUAUAAUAAUUGUCUACCUCUUCAAACAAUUUAAAUACCAGCAACAACAAUACAAAUAACGUAAACUUAAACUUGAAUACUUCUAGCUUCAAAUUGCAACCUAGAGACCUCUAUCAGCACCAAGUUAUUAUUGAUUCAGAAUUCUAAUUAAACAAGGACAACUUUGUCUCAGACAAGAACUACAAAAAGAAACAGUUACCUAUUCUAGAGCACAUUGAAUCAAUGAAGUAGCUAAAGCGUUAGCUUAGUAUAAUGAAAAGAGAGUUGCCUGAAAUCCAAAUAGUUUAGGAUGGAGACUUUGAAUAUUUUCAGGGAUAAGAAACUCAUAACACUAUAAAAAUGAACUACUUUGAGAAAUGCAAAUUCCAAAAACCUGGUGAUAAUAUCUCUUCUUACAAAGGCAAAAAGAAGUUGGCCUCCUUCUUGGACACAUAAUCCAAUGGUUCUUAACUUAGCUAGAUGCUAUUAUUGUCUUAGAAAUCAAUUAGACCUGAAAAUUGGAGUUUUGUGAGAAGAGAUGUAGCUGAGUUAUACAAAUAUUCUGUAAUAGGCCCAGUUGAUGUCUAGAAAGAAAUAAAUGACAAGAAAAAUCUAAUAGAAAAAAAGAAAAUUGAAAAGUAGAGAUCGAAACUUAGACUAAUAAUUGACAAUAAUAGCGUGAAUAUAAAGUUUCCAGUCAGAGCUAAUAUUCCUCAGUCCUCCAAAAAUUUCUUCGCAUAGAUUAAAUUGGAAUAAGAGAAAGAAUCUUAAAAACUACAACAAUAAAAUAACAUAAUGAUGAAUAACCUAAUUGAUCGGUAUCCAAAAUACUACAAAGAAAGCGCUAAAAUGUCAAAGGAUUCAAUAUCAUACAAAGAUCUUCCUCAGUUUAAUAAGAAAACAACCUUCGAAAAUAUGAAGCAUUUCCUUGAUAAUCUAGCUGAGGAUUAGAGGCAGUCUAAAAAGAUAAAUAUUGAUGAUCAAUAGCCAGCAGUGAUUGAAAAGGAAUCAUUGACAAAUUAAUAGGAGACUAAAACAAAUUAAUCCAAUGAUUCAGAUGAUUACAAGGUUUCACCACUCUAAAUUAAUUUUAUAUCUAAAAAGCUUUUCUCAAGUGUUGAGAAAAAUGAUCAAAAUAACUAGAUCGUGGAAAACAAAGAUGAUUCCAAAAAUCUUGUAGCUAAACUGCAAAUUCUUUAAGAAACAAAAUCUGAGUAAAAGCUAAAAGCAAAGUCAAUUAAAUAGUUGAAUAGUAAAUAUGGGAGCCUUUAAUCAAAGCAAUACGAUAUACUUGAUAAAUUUGAUUCUAAAGCUGGUUCAAAUAGUAAAAAGGGAUAAAAUCUAUCCUAGAAAGCUGAAUAAGCAAUUGAUAGCUUUUUCUUUAGAUAUGAGACUAAAGAAAUAAUUGAAAAUACCUAACAAUAGGACAUUGAAUAAACAAUAGGAUCUUAAAAUAAGUUAAAUAAGAAAUCAGAAUAGCAAGAACUAGUUACUCUAGAGUCAGAUGACAAGAAUAGCUUAAUUUCUAAACUUCAAUUUGAGGAAAAAGUACGUCUCAUGUUUGACAAAGACUCAUUAGCUUUAAAAUCUCUUUAAGAAGGUGUUCUUGAUUUUACUGAUAAGAGAGUAAACUUGAAGGCAGCAGCUGUAGAUUCCUCUCUUAAGUAGAAUAAAGAUAAUUUAAAUCUUAUUGAAAUAGAUCUUGGUGAGUUAAAGUCAUUAAGUGUGGAUUAAAUUCAUGUUGACGAAAUAGAUUAAAAUAAGGUAGAUGUAUAGAAAGGCAAGUAAGUCGUUGAUGACUCUUUGAUUGACAGCCAAAAGUACAAACUAGUAAUGAUUGGUAGGAAAGUAUCUUCAACUGAAAGUGAAAGUCUCUUAGAUAUUAAUGAUGCAUCUAGUCAGCAUAUGUUAUCAAGUUAAGUUUUUCAUGAAAGCGGAGAGAAAUUCUCCAAAAAUAUUGCUAAGGAUGAGGGGGUAUUUAAGUAUUACUUAAGACAUUUUUAUUUGGUAAUUGGAGUGCUGUUUGGAGUAUCAACAAUGGUAUAAAUGUACUAGUAUUCGUUUAAAAUGCUCAUCUAUUAUGAAGAUUUCUGUGAUUAUGCGAUAUUUUAUCAUGCCAAAAGAGGUAGAAACAUUGAGUAGCUGGUGAGAGUAUUCUAUUUAAGUGAUAGAUACUCUGUUGAAAACAGAAAUACAUGA